ACUGUUCACCAACUCCAGGCUAGGGGAGCGCUCGGCUCUCCUUAGUUCACAACCAUGUUUGUUCAUCUCCCAAGGGCUUCGAAGUGCUACAUCCCCUGGGGAAAAUCAUUUCACACCUGAUUUCAGACAGUUGCACGUCGUCUUUCACCAGCGCCGCAGCCUGCAACCUCGCUCUCUUGCCUUCGUCGUCCUCGAGGGGCUGGGACCCUCUUGCGGAACAUCAUCAUGUCAGAUCAUGAAUUUGGAGGCAACGAUGACCUCUCUCUACCAAAAGCCACCGUACAAAAAAUAGUCGGUGAGAUCUUGGCGGGAUCGUCUGGCAUCGCCUUUUCCAAGGAAGCGCGCGACGUCCUCAUAGAAUGCUGCGUCGAGUUUAUCACCCUCAUCAGCUCAGAGGCGAACGAAAUUUCGGAGAAGGAAGCCAAAAAGACCAUUGCGUGCGACCACAUCAUCAAAGCGCUCGAUCAGCUUGGUUUCCCGGACUAUGUUCCGGCAGUCCUCGAGGCCGCUGCCGAGCAUAAAGAAGUCCAGAAGGGGCGUGAAAAGAAGGCGAACAAAUUGGAGCAGAGUGGGCUGUCGCUGGAGGAGCUGGAGCGUCUCCAGCAAGAACAGUUCGCCGCCGCCGCCGCGAGGCAUAAUUGAUCCGUCUGCGUAGGGCGAUCGGUGCAACACUGCGGCGCAAUCUUGAUGUAUCAACAAAUGGCGAUGAGGCGCAGGUGGGGAGGAUCGUUGGUUGAAUCGUUGUUGACCCGGGAAGGCAUGCAUUGAUUUGGCGUUGGAGCGCAAUCGUUUAGAUGGUUCGGAGACUUGCGGUAUAAAAAAUGAGCCUACGUUUUGGUACGAG